CUCUCUCUCUCUCUCUCUCUAGUGAGCUUUAGCUUGACCUGUUCAUCUUAGAGAGCUACCAAACCCCCCAAAGUCUACGAACUUGGAAGCCAUUGUAAGCUUUCGAUCAGCCAUGUUUUCGAAGCUCCUAGUGUGGUUUCUCCUCGCGAUAUAUGCGGCUUCCAAAGUGGACGGUGGCGAUUUCAUUUACAACGGAUUUCGUGGCGCUAACUUGAGCUUGGACGGCUCAGCAGAAAUCACAACGGAUGGCCUCCUGCUUCUUGCCAAUUCCAUACAACAAAAGAAGGGUCAUGCCUUCCAUCCCAUUCCCCUUAACUUCAAACCAUCACAAGGUAAAACUCAAUCCUUCUCUACCAAUUUCGUCUUUGCGAUCGUGCCCAAGUAUCAGGAAGUGAGAAGCUACGGGACUGCCUUCGUGAUCUCACCUUCGAAAGAGUUCCCUGGAAGUGAAGUGGGCGAAUACAUGAGCAUCUUCAAUCCAAAGACCAUCGGUAAUUCAUCGAAUCACAUAGCUGCCAUCGAGUUCGACACGUACCGUAAUCCAGAAUUCGGUGAUAUCGAUGACAACCACGUCGGAAUCGACAUCAAUGGCUUAAAUUCCAACAGUUCUGCUCCUGCAGCUUACUUUAGUAAUAUGAGCGGUGGGUUUAAGAAUCUAAGCCUUAUAAGUGGAGAACUGAUGCAUGUUUGGGUAGAAUACAAUGGUCUCCAAAACCUUCUCAAUGUAACAUUAUUUCCUAUCCACUUACCUAAACCUGAUCUUCCACUCUUGUCAAUGAGGGUGGAUCUUUCACCAAUCGUAUUAGAGGACAUGUAUAUCGGUUUCGCUUCAUCAACCAAGACGGUUCCUUCAUCCACUUACAUCUUGGGAUGGAGCUUUAAGAUGAAUGGUCAGGCUCAGGUCCUUGAUCCCCGGCACCUUCCUAAGCUUCCACGAAUAGGACCCAAAAAGAAAUCGAAGCUUUUAACAAUUGGGUUACCCGUAAUUGUGAUAUUUUUCACGUUAACGGCCAUCUCGGCCAUCGGCCUCAUUGUGAGAAGCAAGAUCAAGUUCGCUGAUGUGCUAGAGGACUGGGAACGUGAAUACGGACCCCAUCGGUUCUCCUACAAGAGUCUAUUCAUGGCUACUAAGGGCUUCAGAAACAAAGAGCUCCUCGGGGUCGGAGGUUUCGGGAGGGUUUACCGAGGAAUUUUAUCGGCCUCGAAGAUGGAAGUGGCUGUGAAGAGAGUCUCUCAUGAAUCUCGACAAGGGAUGAGGGAAUUCAUAUCUGAGAUCGUGAGCCUGGGCCGCCUCCGUCACCGUAACUUGGUGCGACUUCUCGGAUACUGCCGGCGAAAGAGAGAGCUCCUACUGGUCUAUGAUUUCAUGCCUAAUGGAAGUCUGGACAAGUUCCUCUUUAACCAUCCAAAUUCAAUGUUGAGCUGGAGUAGACGGUUUCGGAUAAUUAAAGGAAUAGCUUCAGGGCUUCUCUACUUGCAUGAGGAAUGGGAGCAGGUGGUUCUUCACAGAGACAUCAAAGCCAGCAAUGUUUUGUUAGAUAGUGAGAUGAACGGUAGAUUAGGCGACUUCGGCCUCGCCAGAUUGUACGAUCAUGGGACCGAUCCACAGACAACACACAUGGUGGGGACUCUCGGAUAUCUUGCACCGGAGAUGACUAAGACUGGGAAGGCCACCACAAGCACUGACGUAUACGCAUUCGGAGCUUUCAUGCUCGAGGUUGCUUGUGGAAGGAGGCCCAUCGAUCCUCGAUCAUCUGCUGAUGAGGGGAUCUUGGUCGAAUGGGUGUGGGAAUGCUUGAGGAGAGGGAGGAUUCUGGCGGCAGCGGAUCCGAAACUGGGACAUGACUAUGAGGUGGAGGAGAUGGAGUUGGUGCUGAAGCUUGGAUUGCUGUGUUCGCAUCCAUUGUCGGCUGCAAGGCCGAGCAUGCGGCAAGUAAUGCAGUUUUUGGACCGCGAUGCACCUUUACCCGAGCUCUUAUCAGAUGGUCUGGGUGCGGCGAUUCUUGCAGUGGGUGGUUAUAAAGGGUUCGAUGAUCUACGAUUGUCAUAUCCUUCUUAUUUGGAACAGGGGUUUGCAAACACAUCCUCGGUCCAGGAAUCGGUCCUCACCGGAGGCCGUUGACGGACGAUGGUAAGGUGUUAGACGAUGCUGCGAGUUUGCUAUGGUUUAACGAAUCGGCUGACAAAAAGUAGCUAAUUUUGUGUGGA